UGUACAGAAUUCAUAAACCAUAUUACUCGUAUAACAAAAUGAUGUUUGUUUACUUUAUUGCGCUCAUCGUUUUAAUAUUAACUCCAGCAUUUUCUUGUCCUACUGAGCAUGCGUCGUCUUCGUCGAAUCCGGUCGGUUGCGAGCAAAUAGAUCACGCUAGCCUAAUGCCAAAUGACUAUAGCCAGCUGUAUCAAAACAAAAAGAACGCUGAUGUUAUUUUAGUUGUAGAUAAUACACGAUUUCACGCCCAUCGUACUGUGUUAGCCUCACGCAGUGAUUAUUUCAGCGCAUUACUGUUUGGAGGUCAUAAAGAAGCCCGUGAUAUGGAGGUGCCAAUAAAAGAAGGAUCAGCAACCUCAGUAAAAGUUCUUCUUCAGUAUAUUUAUACUGGACGAAUAAAUUUAAGUACACUACAGAGUAAAAUUGUUUUGGAAUUAUUAAUUCUCUCGAGUGUAUUUAGUUUUACAAACUUACAACAUUCACUGUCCGAGUAUUUGUGGAGUAAAAUCGAUGUAAACAAUGUAAGUACGUUGUUUGCUGUGGCACUUUACUAUCAAAUCAAAGAACUCGAAGUCAAAUUAUUCAAUUUUAUCAACAUUCAUGCUUUGGACGUAUUGGAAUCUAAAGAUUCUCUUUCUUUGACGCCCGAAGUUGUACUUUUAAUUCUCAAUCGUGACACGGCGUAUAUUAACGAAUUGGAUAAAUUCCGUGCGGUUUGUCGCUGGAUAAAAACAAAAAAAAACGAACUUGAUUCAGAAGCCAAAACCAAAAUUUUAUCUGCAGUCAGAUAUCAGCUUAUGAAUGAUGAAGAACUGUCUGAAGUUAGGCGAUCAGAGCUGGUUCGGUCGGAUAGAAUCAUUUUGGAUGCAAUAAAUUUGAGGAUAGUUUCUCUCCCACAAGAGUUUAAUGAUCGAGGACGAUUAGAACCUAAUGUGAAUUUCGCAGAAGAUACAUCCAAUGAGAUUUCUCAAAUUGACGACGGUACCAUGAUCAUGUUGGGCCAUCCAUCGAAUAUUAACUAUAUUGAAAUGAAGUUAAACGACGAACUAGCAGAUUAUUACACUUAUUACAUUGAAGUAUCCAUGGAUAUGAACGAUUGGUUGCGUGUAAUAGAUCAUUCAAUUUAUCAUUGUCGGUCAAUUCAACGUUUGUGGAUUAACCGAAUAUUUGUUCGAUACAUUCGAAUUGUUGGCACCAAUAUUACUAGCAAUAAGACUUUUAACUUUUUGAAAAUCAUGUACACUACGGCCCAAUUGCACUUGUUCAAAAUCAAAAACGGACUAGUGGCUCCGAAGUACGAUAUUGCUUCACCAACUAUGGAUUGGGCUGUAUUAAAAAAUGAUCCAGAAUGUGUACUGAUUCAACUCGCCCAACCGUAUAUGCUUAGUUCAAUGAGGUUGCUGAUUAAUGAUGGCAACAACCCAACUUGUGGUUACAUUAUUCAUGCUUCGGUCAAUAAUGAAGACUGGGAACUGAUUGCAGAUAAAUCUAAGAAGCCUGCACGAUCGUGGCAGUUUUUGAAAUUUGAUUCCACGCUGACAGUGUAUAUACGUAUUACUGCCGUUCGUACUUCAAUAAUAGAAGAUCUUAUUAUAAAAGUAUAUAUUGAGGCACCUGCUCAAGUAUCGCUUGAUUGCAACGCCAUGCUAAAACGGUCGCGAUCGAUAUUUUGCUUAUAG